AUGGAACAAGUUUCCGCACCCAGUCUGCACCCGGCUGCGGAAAUAGUACAGACGUUUGCGCAUCCGGUUGAACGUCUGCAACUGAGUGCGGACAUUUCCGCGCAGUUUCCGCAGACUUGUGCACCCGGGUGCGGAACCAGUGCGGAAAUGGAACAAGUUUCCGCACCCAGUCUGCACCCGGCUGCGGAAAUAGUACAGACGUUUGCGCAUCCGGGAAAAACUAUUGCCAGUGAGUUAUGGUCACAUAUCCGUAUUAACCGCACUACUUUAGAAAGCGCACUUGAUUCAAAGUCCUUGGGAUCUGUUUAUUCUCCUGCAAGGAAUCAGAUUGAGAGCCAAAAUCUUGACAAUACUGGGCAUCAACAAACGGAUCCUUUAGUAUACUUGCGUAGAGAGUGA